UGUCAACUAAACACUCCUUUGAGCCUUAUGGUUUUGCUCCCUAUAUAACACAGUGCUUAGUUAACAACAACUUGACCUAUUCACAAACACUCACAGCAGCAUCAUCAGCAGUCAUGGGAACAACGAAGAGGCCUGUGGUUUACUUUUGCUUGAGUUUUCUUCUCCGGAUGUUGUUGAUCGUGGCCUCGACAAUUAGUGCUGUGACCAUGGUAACUAGCAAGGAUACCCAAUAUUGGUACGAUCCAGGGACUGAGUAUGACAGUGGAACCUAUUCCGUCAAAUUCACUGAUUCACCCUCAUUCAUAUAUUUUGUUGCGGCAUUAUCUGUGGCGGGCGUUUAUGGUAUCAUUACCAAGUUAUCAUCUUGUUUAGUCAUCUGCUUAGCGCCAUCUUCAUCAAUGAUGUUGGUUCUCUUUGCGUUUUUUGAUGUGUUGAUAUUGGGAGUGGUAGCCUCAGCAACUGGGAGUGCCGGUAGUGUUGCAUAUAGCAUACUCAAGGGUGAUCUUUGCUCUACUUACAACCGCUACUGUCGACAUCUAGGAGUCGCCUUGGGGUUCGCCUUAUUUUCCUCAGUUUUGCUUGUCGUUCUUCUAUGGACCUCCCUAAUUAGUCUCUACAAAAGGAUCCCCAAACAAAACUUUGAGACACCACAACCACUUUCACAGUCUCCGUUACAAACCCCACCACAAGCGCAGACCUUACAGACUCCACCACAGGCACAAGAAGGAACUAAAACAUAUGCAUAUUAACGCCUUGCCUUACUUGUGCUCCGGCCAAAAACAACUAUCGUGUGUCUAGCUUGACAUGCAUACAUUGUUGACAUAUUCUCUAUCCGCUUAAAAAUUUAGGAUUGAUGAUUGUCUACAUGUGGUAUCAUCAUCGGAGCUUUGGGCAAUUGGGUGUUACAAAGUCGUGGGUUUGAAUUCAAAUUCCCCGUUUGUUUUGUUGGUUUGCUAGGUUCAUGUGAUGAAAUGUGCGAGCUAAAAUAAAUUGAUUAUUGGCUCAUACGUACGUAAUGAGGCUUUCUUGUAAAUGUAAAUACAUAUGUUUAUCCAUCGGGUACGUACCAAGCUAA